UGUCAUCAUAACAUACUUCAUCCAUUCCAUUCCAUCGCAACCCCUCCUUGUUUUCCUUUCCCCUCCACCCCACUUGUGCUCGGAGCUUCUCUCGAUCUUUUAUUACCCCUCUCAUCCUCUUGAACCUUGCAAAAUAUAGCUAUCUCUCAUUCAAUAUACCCCUCUCCAAUUUCAAUUCUAUCACAAUCAAUCAACAUGUCGAACGGAAUCACAUUCAAGCUGAACAACGGCGUGAAGAUCCCCGGUGUCGGAUUCGGUACCUUCGCCAGCGAGGGCUCGGUCGGUGAGACCUACAAGGCUGUCACCUGCGCUCUGGAGACCGGAUACAGGCACCUGGAUUGUGCCUGGUUCUAUCUCAAUGAAGGUGAGGUUGGUGAUGCGAUCCACGACUUCCUCCAGAAGAACCCAUCCGUCAAGCGUGAGGAUAUCUUCGUCUGCACCAAGGUCUGGAACCACCUCCACCGCCACGAGGAUGUUAUUUGGUCCAUUGAGAACUCCCUCAAGAGACUCCGUCUCGAUUACGUCGAUCUAUUCCUCGUCCAUUGGCCCAUUGCUGCCGAGAAGGAGGACCAGGAGAAGCCCAAGAUAGGCCCCGAUGGCAAGUACGUGAUCCUCAAGGACCUCACUGAGAACCCUGAGCCCACAUGGCGCGCCAUGGAGAAGAUCUAUGAGGAGGGCAAGGCCAAGGCCAUCGGUGUCUCCAACUGGACCAUCGAGGGACUCGAGAAGCUGCUCAAGUUUGCCAAGGUCAAGCCUCAGGUCAACCAGAUUGAAAUCCACCCCUUCCUGCCCAACAACGAGUUGGUCCAGUACUGCUUCAAGCACGACAUCCUGCCCGAGGCCUACUCCCCCCUGGGCUCCCAGAACCAGGUGCCCACCACCGGCGAGCGGGUCAGCGAGAACAAGACCCUCAACGAGAUCGCCCAGAAGGGCGGCAACACUCUGGCCCAGGUGCUCAUCGCCUGGGGUCUGCGUCGGGGCUACGUUGUGCUCCCCAAGAGCUCCAACCCGGCUCGUAUCGUCUCCAACUUCAAGAGCAUCGAGCUGGCCGAUGAGGACUACGAGGCCGUCAACAAAGUGGCCGAGGGUCGUCACUUCCGCUUCGUCAACAUGAAGGAUACCUUUGGCUACGAUGUUUGGCCUGAGGAGACCGCCAAGAACCUUUCUGCUUAAAUAGAUGGGUUCGAGGAGGGACAAUAGACUUCUUUUCUUUAUGCGGGACAUAAACAAUUGGAGAGUUGUCGGAGGUUUAUACAGUGGCUACAUAUAUUCCCCAUAGUAUCAACGAAGAAUGUACGGGUGUUACGAUGCCUACGAACAUCAACUUUUGGAUAGGUUAUUCUGGUUUAAGUAGGAUACAAAAAAUUUACCAGGUACCUUACAAGAAAAGCCAAAAAAUUAAAUAAAUAAUAGAAAUAUCUAUUUCCAAAAGCCAAGCGGCAAGUGAAAAAAAAAAAAGAUUUU